AAACUUUUCUAGGUGAAAAUCAUCGUACCCAACACAACUGCGGGACUGGUAAUAGGAAAGGCCGGCGCAACGAUAAAGACCAUUAUGGAAGAGAGUGGAUCGAAGGUUCAACUCUCGCAAAAGCCAGACGGGGUAAACGUCCAAGAACGAGUCAUCACAAUCAAAGGAGAGAAGCACCAACUCAUGACAGCAUCUAAUAUUAUUAUUGAUAAAAUUAAAGACGACCCUCAAAGCGCCAGUUGCCCUCACAUAAGUUACUCUGGCAUCGCUGGCCCGAUCGCCAACGCUAAUCCCACUGGAUCACCAUACGCUGCUGGCUCGGCUGCAUUAGUUGACGCUUCGCACCCGUCCGUGGCCGCUAUGUUGGGACAUUAUGUUAUCCCAGGCCAACAGGUGCUGCAGACAGCAAUGCCACUCUCCCAUCACCCGCACCAGUCCGCGUUGUCCAGCGGCUCAGUGACACCUUCGCCUGAACUGACGACCAUAAAUCACGCCAUGACAACGUUAGCGAACUAUGGCUACACCUUAGGAGGCGUGAACUAUGGUACCUUGGGUGUAAUGCCUAGUGUACAUCCAAGUGUACACCCUGGCAUCGCUACCUCGGUCGGGAUGAUCUCUGCAGGCUCCCUAGCAGGAAGUCCAAUCCCUUCAGCUACCCCCUUGCUCUCUGCCACUGCUCUACCGACGGAAUCCAGUAUUCCGACGCCUGUUCCCACUGCCCAAGCCCAUUUCAAUGCAGAACAAUUACCUUGCAAACUUGGCUAA